AUUCAGUUCUGUGCUUCUCACCGUACAACUAACAACGUUCACCAUGGCCGGAUACGAUGCCGAAGAGUUAAACGCGCUCGCUUGGCUCGACGAUAUUUUUUUCGAAAAAGCGCUACAAAAUUCUGAAAAUGAUCCAUCCAUAGCAAUAAUCGAAGUCGGUAAACUACAACCUACUGGUGAAAGUGCUCACUUUGGCAGUAUUAUGUUACGUACAACAGUGCGGUAUCGGUCAAAUCGCCUACCGGAAGAGCAAGCGAUUAGUCUAAUAAUCAAAGCCAAGCCGACAGCUGAGGGAUUCAGGAAAGAAAUCACGAAGGAUAGUGACCUGUUCAAAACGGAAAUCAGAAUGUACAGUGAAGUUUUGCCAGCAAUGGCAAAAUUGUUAGAAGAUGUUGGUGAACAUCUGGAAAUUCCAAGGCUAAUAAAUAUUUCCAUGGAGCCUACAGUUCUACUUGUGUUGGAGGAUUUGUCACCCAAAGGAUGGAAAACUGGUGACGAAUGCGUUCAAAGUUUCGAAGAAGCGCUCUUCACUGUGCGAAACAUAGCAAAGUUCCACGCUACGUCCUACUAUCUUCAACAGACAAAUGUUGAUCUAACAGACUUCAGUUUAACUGAAUUCGUGAAUAGCGGACCAAUACUAGCCAUUUAUGACAGAGGAUUCGACGACUUUUUCAAUGGAAUUAAAAAGUGGCCAGGAAUCGACUUAUACAUCGACAAAUUGAAGAAACUUAAAAGUUCUUUCGAGAAGCAUUGGCGACAAGUCUACGCAGUAAAUCCCGCAACGGUAGGGUACAAUGUGCUGAACCAUGCCGAUUUCCAUUGGAAAAAUUUGAUGCACAUAAGAAAUUCAGAAGGUCGUAUCGUCGAUUCUUUGAUGCUUGACUAUCAGAACUGCCACUGGGGUUCGCCUGCUAUCGACGUGUUGUCAAUGAUAGACUGCAUCGUAGACAAUGGAACAAAAACGGCGCAUAGGAACGAGUUUAUUUACGAGUAUCAUCAACACUUUUCUAUGAUAUUAAACAAAAUUGGGUUUUUGGGAAAAAUUCCAAGCCUUGUCGAUUUGCAAAUAGAAAUUCUACGAAAGGGCUUCAUCGAACUAAUGCAAUCCGCUAUUAUGGAGUGGUGCAAACAUACCGAGCUGACAGAACCAACCAUAGAUAAAUGUGAAGCUGAAGAGCUUGAUGUUAAACCGUGUUACUAUAAUGAAAAAUUCCAGAGCCUCAUCCGUGCUGAAUUGGCAUCGCUGUUGCAUCGAGGAAUAAUGGAUCCACAAUAAACUAUGGCAUCCAGUAAGUUUUCUAUAUUCUGAUAUUUUGUACGACAUAAGCAGAACAGAAUCCGGAACAACACUUAAACCUUCUUACUUAAAUUCCAUUGAAAACAAUAUUUAGCAAAAAAAAAAAUGCUGCAAUAACAAAAUCGCAAUUCGCAUAUGUCUAAGCCAUUAAUAUUGAAUAAGAUAGAAUAAAACAUUGAAUAAAAGGCCCAUAUAAGCCACAAACAACGUG